AUGACAAAACUAUUCGAACCGUUGAAAGUCGGGCCAGUUACCCUCGGCCAUCGAGUGGUAAUGGCACCGCUGACACGAUAUCGUUGUGAUGAUCAGUGGACUCCUACGGCCAUAACAAGAGAAUAUUAUGAGCAGCGGGCUUGCGUACCAGGCACUCUUAUCAUCAAUGAGGCAACGCUGGUCUCUCAAAGAGCCAUCAGCAACCGCAACGUACCAGGCCUCUGGUCUGAGUCACAGAUCGCGGCAUGGAAAGAGAUAGCUGACAGUGUCCAUGCCAAGGGCUGUAUGCUUGCCUGUCAGCUCUGGCAUCAGGGACGUGCUGGCGAUCCCGAGAUUCUCAAAGCGGAAGGAUGCCAGUUGUGGUCAAGCAGUGCAACUCCCGUUACGCCUAACGAUCCUGUUCCCGUUGCCAUGCCAGAAGACGAGAUCUGGCGGACAAUUGACGACUACGCAACUACAGCAAAGAACGCCAUUGCCGCAGGAUUCGACCUUGUUGAAAUUCACGGAGCCAAUGGUUACCUACCGGACCAAUUUCUUCAGGAUACGUGUAACAAGCGCACCGAUGAAUGGGGAGGGAGCAUCGAGAACCGCACCAGAUUCCUUUUCGAAGUGACCAAGGCCAUUGCUACCGCUAUCGGGCCUGAGCGAGUCGGCGUGCGUCUUAGUCCCUACAGUGACUUUCUCGGUAUGCUGAUGGAGGACCCGGACCCCACAUUCAAGAGGAUGGUCGAGAGACUGAAGCCACUUGGAUUGGGAUACCUUCAUCUGAUCGAGGCGCGCAUUCGAGGGAACGAUGAUGCGGACUGUGGUGGACAGAAAACAGUCAAGUGGUUGGUUGAACUCUGGGAUAAUGCGACUCCUGUGUUCCUCUCCGGUGGUUUCACUGCCGAAUCAGCGAAGACUGCGGUAGACCAAACGUAUGCCAACUACGAUGUCUGCAUUGUCUUUGGAAGGUAUUUUGUCUCCAAUCCGGACUUGGUCUUCAGGAUAAAGUCGGGAGUUCCUCUAACGAAGUACGAGAGGACGUACUUUUACACCCCAAAGCUUGUAAAGGGAUACACCGACUACCCGUUCAGCAAGGAGUAUUUGGCACAAGCAUAG